AUGCAGAAGCUCCCCUACGUUGUAGUCACCAACAAGCACUUCAACGAAGUAUACGACCUAUACUACACUGCCUUUGACACCUUCCGCAAAGUCCGCGAGGUCAAAAACUUGGACGACAAUGACCGUCUCUGUGCCACCAUCCGAACCAUGCUCAACGCCCACCUAACCGUCAUCCCCAAACUCGCCAUGGGUAUCCUCGAGUGCAACGGCCUCAAAGACGCGGCCGAGCUCGACAAGUUCAUGAACACCAUCCUCCGCUCCCGCAUCUCCCGAAGAGUAAUAGCAGAACAACACCUAGCCCUAACCGAAACCUUUCACGCCCCUUGGUUCUCCCCGGGGGCAAAACUCUCCGAAUCCGACUUCAUAGGCGAGGUCUUUUUGAGAUGCGUAGCCAAAGACGUCGUCUCCCGCUGCGGCGACGCCGUCACCUCCAUCGCCCGCCGCGCCUACGGCCCUGACAUCGCCCUCCCCGAAAUCAAAAUCGUCGGCCAUCUCGAGGCGAACUUUCCGUACAUCCUCUCCCACCUCGAGUACAUCAUCGGGGAGCUCCUCCGGAAUUCUGUCCAGGCCGUGGUGGAAAAACAUCAGAAAUCAAAGAACAAAUCGGCACAGCCUCCCCCGAUAGAGGUCACAAUCUGCGAAUCAAACCAACACGUCAUCAUCCGGAUUUCUGACCAAGGAGGGGGGAUACCAAGGGAGAGCAUGCCCUACCUCUGGUCCUUCUCCAAGGGUCCGGCAUCAAAAGAAAUCCUUGCCAACCUGGGGCAAGUCCCCAAGAUGGCGGCCACGAUGCAGGAGCUCCAGAUUGACGACAUUAACCCGGAAAGCAACAAGAAAAUUGAGACUUUGCAUCAGAAGUACGGGCAUCAGAGUGUGCAGUCUUUAUCAGCGGAGGAGAAGGAAAGGGAGGACAGGGCCAAGUAUAGUUCCUUGGCCAGUCUGUCGUCGAGGCCCCCGAAUUUGAGGUUGGGGAUGGGCUUACCGCUGAGCAGGGUGUAUGCAGAGUAUUGGGCCGGCUCGCUGGCGCUGCACAGCCUGGAGGGGUAUGGGGUGGAUGCGUUUUUGCAGAUUAGCAAGCUGGGGAACAAGAAUGAGCAGCUGACUACGAGGGCGACGAUGGAUGCUGUUUAG